CGAACUCCACUACCCAGCAGCACUUGCGGGGCUUUGAAACCGGAAGAGGCGGAGUUUGAGCCAAAAUGAGGGAAAAUAAGAACAUGUCCGAGUCCCCUUCUCAAGCGGGAAAAGAAAUACCGGCGAAAAAACAGAAACUGAGCAGUGACGAGAACAGUAACCCAGAUGUAUCAGGAGACGAGAACGACGAUGCCGUCAGUGUGGAGAGUGGGACCAACGCAGAGCGCCCCGAUACACCCACCAACACUGCCAACGCCCCGGGCAGAAAGAGCUGGGGCAAGGGCAAAUGGAAGUCCAAGAAGUGCAAAUAUUCUUUUAAAUGCGUCAACAGCCUGAGGGAGGACCACGGCCAGCCGCUGUUUGGUGUCCAGUUUAACUGGCACAGCAAGGAGGGAGACCCGCUGGUGUUUGCAACAGUCGGGAGUAACAGGGUAACUCUCUAUGAAUGUCACUCUCAGGGAGAAAUAAGACUCUUGCAGUCUUAUGUCGAUGCAGAUGCAGAGGAGAACUUCUAUACGUGUGCCUGGACCUACGACACCAACACGAGCCAUCCUCUGCUGGCUGUCGCCGGAUCCCGAGGCAUCAUUCGGGUGAUCAACCACAUCACAAUGCAAUGUAUCAAGCAUUAUGUAGGUCAUGGAAACGCCAUCAAUGAGCUCAAGUUUCAUCCGAGGGAUCCAAAUCUCCUUCUGUCUGUCAGCAAAGAUCACGCUCUUCGUCUAUGGAACAUACAGACGGACACAUUAGUGGCAAUAUUUGGUGGUGUGGAAGGUCAUCGAGAUGAAGUCCUGAGUGCUGAUUUUGAUCUUCUGGGUGAAAAGAUAAUGUCAUGUGGGAUGGACCACUCCUUAAAACUUUGGCGAAUCAAUUCAGAGAGAAUGCAGAAAGCCAUCCGAGGGUCUUAUGAGUACAAUCCCACCAAGACCAACAGGCCUUUCGUCUCACAGAAAAUUCACUUCCCCGACUUCUCAACGCGAGACAUCCAUAGAAACUAUGUGGACUGUGUGCGGUGGCUGGGGGAUCUUAUUCUUUCUAAGUCCUGUGAAAAUGCCAUCGUCUGCUGGAAACCAGGAAAGAUGGAGGACGACAUCGAUCUCAUUAAACCAAGCGAGUCAAAUGUGACGAUUCUGGGACGCUUCGAUUACAGCCAGUGUGACAUUUGGUACAUGCGCUUCUCCAUGGACUUCUGGCAGAAGAUGCUGGCUCUGGGAAACCAGGUGGGGAAGCUUUAUGUUUGGGACCUCGAAGUGGAAGACCCACACAAAGCAAAGUGCACCACACUGACUCUCCCCAAAUGCACGUCGGCCAUCCGGCAAACCAGCUUCAGCCGCGACAGCAGCAUUUUGAUAGCCGUGUGUGACGACGCUUCAAUCUGGCGCUGGGAUCGACAGCGCUGAAUAGUUUUAAAACCAAGAAGAACUUUUUGCUUCCUGUUGCUUCCCGUCCUCCCAACCCUGAUGUUCAGAUUUACACUGCAAGAAAUGUCUGUUUGAACAUUUAAUCUCACGUGGGGUCUAAAAAUAGAGCAUUUCCUGUAAAAAAAAAUCUGAAAACGAAGAAAAGCUGCCAAUGCAAGAUGAGGUGAUUCCUUUUGUUUUCAUUUGUUUUGUGGCAGGAUGUUUAAAGACGAGCUUGAUGUCUGAUCAUGGAACAUUUCAUAUCCAACAAAACAUCAGUGGUUAUCUGAGAUUUAUUCCUUAACGUGAACAUAUUUGAGCCACAACGCUAAAGAACAAAAAGAUGGACUUUGUUCCAAAUCAUAGGAGAGUGUUUUAACUUAAUUAAAAUGUAAAUGUUAAGGAUCCAUAACAGCAUGUUGGUGAAAUGUUCGUCUUCAGCAGAGGUUCCUGCCCUGUGUGUGCCUUCUAGAUGUCUAUGCAGUCUCAUUCAUUGAACGUUAAUCAAUAACACCGAGACAAGUGGAAUCAUCUCAAAUCAACUUGCAGAUCUGUUUUUGGGGGAAACAAGCUUUUCAGACAAAAACUGAUGAAAUGACCAAAGAUGGAUUUUCUUUGCAGUGGGCCACAUUUUAUAUUCAUGAGUUUAAACACAAAGGAAAUGAAGAAUUCUGUCCUUUUUUCCCUACAUGCCUCUGUUUGCGUUGAUGACCCCUCUUCUCCCACUUCCACAAACACACACUUUGACUGAAGGCUUCGAGGACACUCAAUAAAAUGUAUUUUAUGAAUAUAUACUCAAGAGUCAGUUUGUGCAGCUGUUGAGUAUCGAUCAUGGACACUUUCAUUUUGGCUACAAAUAUAAAUUUGUGUUUUAAGGCAGCAUUAGUUGUAUUUUGAAUUUAAGUAGGAAUUUGGCUUUUAUUUUGAAAUGUAAACCUAAUCCCGCUAUAAUACAUAAAUCAGGGGUUCUUUUGCCUUUAUGCAGUGCUUGUACUUAAAUUUAUUUGGACUUGAAUAAACUUAUUUUUCUACA